UUAAACGAUCUCAAUCAAGGCUUUAUACUUAGUCUCAUCUUCCUCCUUCUUUUGCAACUCUCUCAUGGUCGUCCUCCAUUUAAAGAACGUGCCGAACAAUGCCUCCAUAUCCUCCAAGCUUCUCCCUCUCGUCUCCGGCAGCAACGUGAAGAAGAAGAUCCAAGUAAGGGUCGCGAUUCCGCUAAACAAGAAGAAAGCUCCUCCUAUCGUGAUUGCAUUAUAGAGCGAUAUGAACGUCAUCAAUAUGAUACCGCUCGUGGCUCGGUUCAUCGCCACUCCCAUGCCGCACCCUUGUGCCCUAAGUUGAAGCGGGAAAAUCUCCGAGCUACCCACGCAAUCGGGCCCAUACCCAUCGAGAAAAAUGCGACCGAAGUGUACGUCAUGAGCACGCAUAUCACGACAACCCACCCCAAAUUUUCCGAGCCGUACCGGUCAAUCGCGGUCAACCCGCUCGCUAGGGUUAGCAUCGACAGCGCAAGACCUCCGCAACUCGUGAGGAGGAGCACGCGCCGCCCGAUUUUGUCGACCAUGAAGGUCGUGAUGAGGAUGAAGACGGUCUUGCAAACACCGACCGCUAUAGUGGUGAGUAGCUUCUUCUCGUCGCUCACGAUUCCCGCCUUCUCG